GUGGUUCAGAUGCUUCCAGACUGGGUAGCAGCAGUGCUGAGUCCUGGAGGACUGCAGCGCUACUGAAAGGCAGUGGGCCGGAGCCGAGUGCAAGAAUACCAUGCUGUCAGGCUGUGCUGGACGGGUUUGCCAUGUGCUUGUGUUGGUGCUGUGUCUGUCUGCGGCUGAGGACUUCGACUGGACAAAGAACGACCGCGGCUCCUUCUAUUAUGGCACUUUUCCAACUGGAUUUUCGUGGGGUGCCGGCAGUUCAGCCUAUCAAACCGAAGGAGCCUGGGACAAAGAUGGGAAAGGACUGAGCAUCUGGGAUGUGUUCUCUCAUAAAAAAGGAAAAGUCUUUCUGAAUGAUACAGGAGAUUAUGCAUGCGAGGGCUACUACAAACUGAAGGAUGACAUAUCCCUGUUGAAAGAGCUCAACUUGAAUCACUAUCGCUUCUCAAUUUCUUGGCCAAGGGUCAUUCCCACUGGAAUCAGGUCUGACCAUGUGAAUGAGAAAGGAAUCAAGUAUUAUGAUACCCUCAUUGACCAGCUGCUGGAGAACAAAAUCACUCCCAUUGUGACCUUGUAUCACUGGGACCUACCACAGGUUCUGCAGGAGAAGUACGGAGGGUGGCAGAACAUCAGCAUGGUUAAUUACUUUAAUGACUUUGCCAGCCUCUGCUUCGAGAGGUUCGGAAACCGCGUGAAACAUUGGAUAACUUUCAAUAACCCAUGGUCGGUGGCAGUAGAAGGCUAUGAAACAGGAGAACAUGCACCAGGCCUGAAGCUCAGAGGCACUGGGGCCUACAGGGCUGCUCAUCACAUCAUCAAGGCACAUGCCAAGGUUUGGCAUACAUAUGAUAAUCAGUGGCGAAACAAACAAAAUGGUGUGGUAGGGAUCUCCCUGUCUGGGGACUGGGGAGAGCCAGUGGACAUCACCAACCUGAAGGAUAUAGAAGCAGCUGAGAGAUAUGUCCAGUUCUACUUGGGCUGGUUUGCUACUCCAGUCUUUCAUGGAGACUAUCCUCAAGUCAUGAAGGACUUUGUCGGGAGGAAAAGUGCUCAGCAAGGUUUGGGAACAUCCCGUCUCCCCACCUUCUCUUCUCAGGAGAAGAGUUACAUUAAAGGCACUUGCGACUUUCUGGGAGUGGGGCACUUCACCACACGUUACAUCACUCAGAAGACCUACCCUCCAGGGCGUGGCAGCACAUACUUUGCUGACCGCGACCUGGCUGAGCUGGUGGACCCACGCUGGCCUGAUCCUGGUUCAGAGUGGCUCUACUCUGUGCCAUGGGGCUUCCGCCGCCUGCUCAACUUUGUCAAGACUCAAUAUGGAAACCCAAUGAUCUACAUUACUGAAAAUGGAGUCUCUGAGAAGAUGAAGUGCACAGAGCUGUGUGAUGACUGGAGGAUACAGUAUUACAAGGACUAUAUCAAUGAGAUGCUGAAAGCCAUUCGAGAUGGAGUGAAUGUGAAGGGCUACACUGCCUGGUCUCUGCUGGAUAAGUUUGAAUGGGAUGAGGGCUUCUCAGAGAGAUUUGGCCUGUACUAUGUGGACUUCAAGAAUAAGAAUAAACCACGCUACCCCAAGGCCUCUGUUCAGUUUUACAAACGCAUCAUCAAUUUCAAUGGAUUCCCUAAUCUGAGAGAGGUCGAGAACUGGAAGAGGAAAGCUACAGAGACGUGUUCCUCGAGCAACCAGCUCUUGGCUGCAGAGGAACAGCGGAGUACGGCUGCCAAUAUUCUAAGACUUAUUCAUGAUCCAUUGACCAGCCACAUGGAGAUGGUAACAGAGAUUGUGGUCCCCACUGUGUGCACCCUCUGCAUUUUGAUCAGUGCAGUUUUUCUCAUGUUCCUCCUUAGCAGACGCAAUUAGCAGAGCGCUGUUUAGGGCUGACCUC